AUGAAGUCUUCUGUUAUUCUGUCUCUUUUCUUUGCUAGCGCCCUGGCCCAGGACGGCUGCGGCUUUCCUGAUGGCCCCGAUUGCGUAUCCCUUGGCGAAGGGGCAAAUGGCCUAGAGCAGUUCGCUGAUGAUGGCUGCUGCCUUUUGCCCAUCCGCUGCGGAAAUGGAGAUGGCGGCGAGAGGUGUGAGAGAGUCGCUGCAGAUGCCGCCAACAACGCUGCCAACAACGCCGCCAACAACGCCGCCAAUGGCAAUGGCAAUGAUAAUGCCAACAACGCUGCCAACAACGCCGCCAAUGGCAAUGGCAACGACAAUGCCAACAACGCUGCUAAUGGCAAUGCCAACAAUGCUAAUGAUAACGCCACCAAUGCCAACGACGGUGCAAACCAAACUGCUGACGACGUCGCCAAUGGUAACGCGGCUAACGCCAAUGGUAACGUUCAUGACAUUGUCAACGAUGGUGCCAAUAAUAAUGUCGAUGACGCUGUUAACGAUGGUGCCAACAAUGUCGACGAUAACGCCAAUGAUGUUGUCGACGAUAACGCCAAUGAUGUUGUCGACGAUAACGCCAAUGAUGUUGUCGACGAUAACGCCAACGAUGCCGUUGAUGAUGUCGCCAACGGUGGUGCCAAUAACGCCAACGAUGCCGUCGAUGAAGCUGGCCAAGAAGUCGUUGACGAAGAUGCCAAUGGCAACGAUAAUGCAACCGACGCUGCCGCAGACGCCACCAACGACGAGAACUGCGGCUUCCCCAAUGGCCCUGAUUGCGUGUCUCUUGGCGAAGGCGCCAACGGCCUUGAGCAGUUCGCCGACGAUGGCUGCUGCCUCCUCCCAUUGCGUUGCGGAAAUGGCGAUGGCGGUGAAGUAUGUGAGCGCGUGGCAGCGCCUGCAAACAAGAGGGCUCGCUUCAUCGGCGCUUACAAGGCUCGAUAUACUCGAGUUUGA